UCAAAGGUGAGCAGGAGGUGAGAGAGGAAGGUCAGGAGAUGAAGAUGGCUGUGGAUAUGACACGGAGCUGCUGGCUGCUGUUCACACUCUGCCUGAAAGGUAUCCUUGCAGGUGAUUGGUCAGUCAAUCUCCCUUCUGGACCUAUCUGUGCUGUGACUGGCUCAUCUGUGGUUCUCCCUUGUUCCUAUGACUACCCCCAGACCUCUAGUGGGACCAAAGGAGAGGGACAGCUCUCAACUGAGGCCAAAAGGCUCGAGACUGAAGGAGCUGAAGGACAACAGUACAACGUUUUGUCUGCGAUGUGGUGUCUUGAACAGAGCCGCUGUAUCACACCGAGAUAUGUAUUCCACAGUGCCGGCAUCGCCCCAGAUCCAGCCUACCAGAAUAGGGUGCAGUACCUGGGACAACCAGGAACAAAGAACUGUACUCUGAGGAUUUCUGAUCUGAGAGAGUCGGACAGCGGAACCUACGUGUUUUAUCUCAUCACCAGCCAUCCGACACAGAAGAUGCCAGCACAGAGCGGCAUACAGCUCCUUGUGGCAAAGUCCACCAGCGCAGUCGCAGCGUUAGUGAGUCCCUCCCGUGACAUCACUGAGGGGGCAGUCUUACGUCUAGGCUGCUGCAGCCCUAUGACCAGUCCAGACGCCCAUUUCAAAUGGUACAAAAACACAGACUCUAACCCAAGAUAUACUGAACAGGUGUGGAACAUGACUGCAGUUACAUCUGCUGACUCCGGCAGCUACUACUGCCAGAUACAUGCUGGAGAUAAAGAAGAAAAGUCAAAUAUGGUGGCAGUCGAUGUACAAUACUCUCCUCGAAACACAGCUGUCUCCAUCCUGUCUUCUGGAAAGCUGGGAGAUGAUCUUCCUGUGACUCUGACCUGCAGCAGUGAUGCUAACCCUCCUGUCCGCACAUAUACAUGGUACCAGGGUGCAGCGUGCCUCCCUACAGCAGAUAAAAGCUUUUAUCAGGGAAGAAGAUCCCGGGUUGACACAGUAAGAGACCAGACAUUCAGCAGUGUAAACAUCACCGCCGACAGAGACGGGCAGCACUGCUGUGUGGCACUCAACAAACACGGAUCACAGACUUCUGUUGUAAGCCUCGGAGGUUCCAGUGCAACAACCCCAUCAGCCCCAAGAACCCCAUCAGCCCCAAGAACCACAUCGGCCCCAACAACCCCCUCAGCCCCAACAACCCAAUCAGGAGUCAUCACUGUUCUAAUUGGAGUGACCAUCACCAUCAUCCUACUUAUUAUUAUAGCUAUGGUAGCCUUAAUCAUGACAAGAAAACAGAAGUCGUCCACGCACCAGUCAUAUGUCCUCACUGAGACAAAUAAUACUGGACCUUAAAGAUCCAGCAGGACCUAUUCUGCAUCAAGUUAUAUCCACAACACC